AUGCAGACUGCUUCUGCAAACAUUGGUGAAACAAUGGGUCGCUCUCAGGAGCUCAGUGAAUUCAAGCGUGAUACCGUGAUAGGUUGCCACCUGUGCAAUAAGUUCAUCUGUGAAAUUUCUUUGCUACUAAAUAUUCAAGUCAACUGUUAGUGGUAUUAUAACAAAGUGGAAGCAACUGGGAACAACAGUAUCUCAGCCGCGAAGUGAGCGGGAUCAGCGCAUGCUGAAGUGCACAGUGCGUAGACAACUGUCUACAGAGUCAAUAGCUAAAGACCCCCAAACUUUAUGUGGCCUUCAGAUUAGCAUAGCAACAGUGCGUAGAGAGCUUCAAGGAAUGGGUGUCCAUGGCCAA